AUGUCUGCUGCUAGUGAAUCCAAAUAUUCUACUGAAGUGCUUUCCGAAUUAUUGAGCAAAUUACAAAUUGCUGAUAAUAAGGAUGAAGCUGCUUCCAACAUUUCCACUUUCUUAAACUCAUCUAUUGUUGAACACGAUGUUCCAGUUGAAUUUUUUGAAGAUUUGAAGAAGCAAAUUCAAUCUAAAGAUGCUAAAGUUGCUGUUGCUGCUUUAGAUGCUUACAAACAUAUUGCUUCAACCAAUGGUUUAAGUCCAUCUGUUGAACCAUAUGUUGUUGAUUUGGUUGGUGAAGUUGCCAGUAAAGCUGGUGACAAAAACAAGGAUGUCCAAACUGCUGCUUCUGGUGCUUUAUUGGCCAUUGCUUCUGCCAUCACCCCAACUGCUGUCAAAGCCAUUUUACCAAAAUUGAUUGACAACUUGACCAACACCAACAAAUGGACUGAAAAAGUUGCCAUCUUGAAAGCCAUUUCUCAAUUGGUUGACACUGCUAAAGCUCAAAUUGCCUUGAGAAUGCCUGAAUUGAUCCCAGUGUUGUCUGAAUCUAUGUGGGAUACCAAAAAGGAAGUCAAAGAAGCUGCUACUGCCACUAUGACCAAAUCCACUGAAACCAUUGACAAUAAAGAUAUUGAAAAAUUCAUUCCUCAAUUGAUUUCUUGUAUUGCCAAACCAACUGAAGUUCCAGAAACCGUCCACUUGUUGGGUGCUACCACUUUUGUUUCUGAAGUUACCAUGGCCACUUUGUCCAUCAUGGCUCCAUUGUUGUCUAGAGGUUUAGCUGAAAGAGACACUGCCAUCAAACGUAAAGCUGCUGUUAUUGUUGAUAACAUGUGUAAAUUGGUCGAAGAUCCACAAAUUGUUGCUCCAUUCAUGGACAAAUUGUUGCCAGGUUUGAAAAACAAUUUUGCUAACAUGGCUGAUCCAGAAGCUAGAGAAGUUACUCAAAGAGCUUUGAACACUUUAAGAAGAGUUGGUGCCGUUGGUGAAAACGAUUCUAUCCCAGAAGUCUCCACUGCUGGUGACAUUGAUGUUACUUUGAAUGAAUUCAACAAAUUGGUUGCUGACAAAAAGAUUGCCAAGAGAUUCGACGCUGCUUUGAACUAUAUUGCUGCUAUUGCUGGUGACUUGGUUGAUGAAAGAGAAAUUCAACCAGAAGCUUGGUUACAAAAUGUUUUGCCAUUUGCCACCAUCUUUUUGCACGAAAAAGAAGCUAAAGAAAUCAUUGAAGAAUUCAGAAAGAGAGCCAUUGACAACAUUCCACAACCACCAUCUUUUGAAGAUGAAGAAGAUGAAGGUGAAGAUUUAUGUAAUUGUGAAUUCUCUUUGGCUUAUGGUGCCAAGAUCUUGUUGAACAAGACCCAAUUCAGAUUAAAGAGAAACAGAAGAUAUGGUUUGUGUGGUCCAAAUGGUGCUGGUAAAUCUACUUUGAUGAGAGCUAUUGCCAACGGUCAAGUUGAAGGUUUCCCAACUCAAGAUGAAUGUAAAACCGUUUAUGUUGAACACGAUAUUGAUGGUACUCAUGCUGAAACCACUGUUGUUGAAUUCGUCAUUGAAGAUGGUGAAGUUGGUUUGACCAAAGAUGUUGUUGUUAACAAAUUGAGAGAAUUCGCUUUCACCGAUGAAAUGAUCAACAUGCCAAUUCAAUCCUUGUCUGGUGGUUGGAAAAUGAAAUUGGCUUUGGCUAGAGCUGUGUUGAAGAAUGCCGAUAUCUUGUUGUUGGAUGAACCAACUAACCAUUUGGAUACUGUCAAUGUUGCUUGGUUAGUCAACUACUUGAACACUUGUGGUAUUACUUCCAUUAUUGUUUCCCAUGAUUCCGGUUUCUUGGACAAAGUUACCCAAUACAUUAUCCAUUAUGAAGGUUUCAAAUUGAGAAAAUACAAAGGUAACUUGUCUGAAUUUGUUAAGAAAUGUCCAUCUGCUCAAUCUUAUUACGAAUUAGGUGCUUCUGAUUUGGAAUUCAGAUUCCCAGAACCAGGUUUCUUGGAAGGGGUUAAAACUAAACAAAAAGCUAUUGUUAAAGUUUCUAACAUGUCAUUCCAAUACCCAGGUACUUCUAAACCACAAAUUCAAGACAUUAACUUCCAAUGUUCCUUGUCAUCUAGAAUUGCUGUCAUUGGUCCAAAUGGUGCUGGUAAAUCCACUUUAAUCAAUGUUUUAACUGGUGAAUUAUUACCAACCACUGGUGAAGUUUACGUCCACGAAAAUUGUCGUAUUGCUUACAUUAAACAACAUGCUUUCGCUCAUAUUGAUAACCAUUUAGACAAAACUCCAUCUGAAUAUAUUCAAUGGAGAUUCCAAACUGGUGAAGAUAGAGAAACCAUGGAUAGAGCUUCUAGACAAAUCAAUGAAGAAGAUGAACAAAACAUGAACAAGAUCUUUAAAGUUGAAGGUACUCCAAGAAGAAUUGCUGGUAUUCACGCCAGAAGAAAGUUCAAGAACUCUUAUGAAUAUGAAAUUUCCUGGAUGUUGGGUGAAAACGUUGGUAUGAAGAAUGAAAGAUGGGUACCAAUGAUGUCUGUUGACAACACUUGGUUACCAAGAGGUGAAUUGAUGGAAACUCACGCCAAAUUGGUUGCUGAAGUUGAUAUGAAAGAAGCUUUGGCUUCUGGUCAAUUCAGACCAUUAACCAGAAAGGAAAUUGAAGAACAUUGUGCUAUGUUGGGUUUGGAUGCUGAAUUAGUCUCCCAUUCCAGAAUCAGAGGUUUAUCUGGUGGUCAAAAAGUCAAAUUGGUCUUGGCUGCUUGUACUUGGCAAAGACCUCAUUUGAUUGUUUUGGAUGAACCAACCAAUUAUUUGGAUAGAGACUCUUUGGGUGCUUUAUCUAAGGCUUUGAAAGCUUUCGAAGGGGGUAUUGUUAUCAUUACUCACUCUGCUGAAUUCACCAAAGAUUUGACUGAAGAAGUCUGGGCUGUUUUGGACGGUAGAAUGACUCCAUCUGGUCACAAUUGGGUUCAAGGUCAAGGUUCUGGUCCAAGAUUGGAAAAGAAAGAUGAUGAUGAAGAAGAUAAAUUCGAUGCUAUGGGUAACAAGAUUGCCGCUGCUAAAAAGAAGAAGAAGUUGUCUUCUGCUGAAUUGAGAAAGAAGAAGAAGGAAAGAAUGAAGAAGAAGAAGGAAUUGGGUGAUGCUUAUGUCUCAUCUGAUGAAGAAUUCUAA